AUGGAAUCUGCGCAUCUCACCAGAGCCCACGAGCAUGUCCGCACCGCCGCCACAGCCACAUAUGAGAAGAGCGUUGCGACUGCGGGGCAGGAGCACCAUCUCGCAGCCGCUGCAUUUCACGAUGCUACCCAAGACACACACAACGCCGAGGCCCUUCGCAUCCUCAACCUUCUCGAGGACCACCACCGCAAGCUGGCCGGUCUGAUCAAAGAGGCUCCCCGCAAAGACAAGAAGAUCGAUGCGACCAAACAGUCCCUAGAGGCAUCCACCACCUCUCCUGCCUCCAAAGCCCCCUCGUCUCGCGCCUCUGCAUCCACGACCACUGUCACCCCACCCACAUCCCGCGGUCGCCUCCCGCAGUCGUCCAUUGCUACCAAUCUCGCUGAGAAGCGCGGGAUUCCUAGUACGAAGAAGACGAACACUGGCACCGCAUCCAAUGUCUCAGCCGUCCAAGGAGGCAGGAACGAGCGACUCUCUACGCCAGUCAGCCAUGUCCUGGCACAGCAGUCACGUACGACCGACUCGACUGGCUCUCGCGACUCGACCAGCCAGUCCAGAGACACAACAUCACCGCCUGCAUCGCCACCAGCGCAUGACAAUUUCCGCCGUUUCUACUCGGCCUUUGGCGGCGUCAUCAACGCGCUAUCCGCACCCCUGGCAUUUACAUCGCUUCCACUCAUCCCUCCUACUACACAACCGGUCGCCGAGCCACCCAAGGAGGAGAGAGCGCACAAACCAAAAAGCCGAGCGCAGUCCCCAGAAGCUGCGCGCACAGUCAAGUCUUCAGUACCUGACCUCGCCUCCCUCAUCAGUCAGCCAGCUCUUCGUGCGUUGCGGGACGAUGGCGCACCACCACUUGGCCCCAACGAGUCCUUCUACUUGGUGCCCACAACAGGUCGAACAGUCACCUACGCAAGUGUGCUUCGAGACCCCAACGCAGCGCCAAGCACCCAGCUGGACGCCAUUGACGAAGCAUCAGGAUCUAUGAAAGGCAGUUCACACGAAGAAUUUGUGGAUGCAAGAGAAAGUCUUGUUGAAUCCUCACCUACGAAACGACGUCCUCGUUCGCGUGGAAAUACCGGGCCAGGCGUGACUGCCCAGCGCAGCAUACCGGCAGGAAGAGGUGCAGGCCUCAAGACACUGGAAGAGCUCGCCCUAGAAAACGAGACCCUCAAAAGCGUCAUCGACAAACAAGCCAAACGCAUUCAAAUGUGGGAGCUCAAUUCUCAAAAUUCCUUCAACGCCCUCGCCCAGUCGUUUCGCACCCGUGGUCCAGGUCGCAACACGAGCGAUCCCAAUGCCCUCGCCCACGCUCUUGGACAAGGCGCCAAUGGGCUUCCUGCACUGCCUUCUCCCCCGAUCCUAGGUCCCAUGCAGCCACCAGCCACCUCCCCAGGCCCUACCAGCAUGACCCACGACGCCGCCAAACGCAUUGCCGACCUCGAAGCCCUGCUAGCCAGCCAAACCGCCAAAGUCGACGACCUCAUGAGCAACAACGAGCAACUGGCCAAGCAAAACGAACGCAACAGCCAGGUGCUAAGCCGGUAUAGAGAGCAGUGGGAGAAGCUCAAGGCAGGGGCGCGCAAAAAGGAGCAGGAGCGACGGGAGCGGCGCAUGGCAGAAGUCAGGUCUGGAGAGGCGGCCAAGGAUAGCGAGAGCGGGGAUGCAUCGGCGGAUGUGGAUGGUGAUGCGGACUUGGAAGAGGAGCCUGGGUUUGGCAAGGCGUGA